AUGAAUCACAUAAACAAUCGGUAUUUGCUUUGGCUUCGCUUCAACGGAAGUCUUUUCAAUGGCUUUGCAAGUUCUGGUGGAAAUGCCUACGGUGUUAUGGACUUCUUGAAUCCGGCUAUGGAGAACGUAUUGGCGAAGAAGAAUAUUGAUCAGAUGAAGUUGUGGCCAUGUAGUAGGUAUUUGACUUCUUUAUUUUAAUUUGUGUCUUUAGAACCGACACUGGUGUUCAUGUACUACGAGCUCCGAUAAUCAUGAAUAUUCCCAGCAAGUAUGGAAGAAUUGACGAGUACAAAGACGAGCUUCUCAAGGAAAUUAAUUAUGUUUUUGAUAACUAUUACCCAAAUUCAAUGGAAUGUUUCGACUUUCAUUAUGUAUCGCCUGGUUUUUGUGCUCGUAAACAUGCUCGUUACAGGUAAGUUUGGUUCAUAUUGCUGAAGUAACUGUAGUUUUGCCUUUACAGAAGCUUUAUUGUGUUACGGAUUACAUUGUUUCUAUUUAACAUUAAUGAUAUGCUCUAAUUUUCUAGAAGAUACGUCUACAGGUUGAGAGUAGCCAAGACACAAGAAUGGUAUGAGCAUUUUUUACAUUCUCCAUCGAUACAUUGUUUUUCUGAACGUUUUUAUUCCUACACUACCAAAGCAGGCUUCAACGUUGAAAAGGCAAAUGAAGCUUGUCGAAUAUUGUCUGGGAUUAACAACAUAGCUUCGUUCAUGAAAGAUCCUCUCAGUCAAAGAAGAAAAUAUAUUAAAAAGUUGCAUGUUCAAAAGGAGCUCAACCUUGUGAGAUUUACUCAAGGAGAGCCGAUUAAUGGAAUUGAAGAUCCACACUUCGACUACUACAACUUUGAAGUCGUCUCUAGAAGCUUUGUCAGAGAACAGGUAUGUUUACUGAAGCUUUUUGUUAUUUUAUUAUGUGUUUAGAUACGACGAAUGAUAAGAAUUAUUGUCAAGUGUGGUUACGAAGACCGGUACUUUGAUCAACUGAAGAUUAUGUUGAGGUACCCAGAUCCUCAGACCUUUAUUGAAUUAGGCCACAGAGCGAUGAGUGGGAAAGGAUUGUAUUUGGUGGAUGUAGUGUACGACAAGGACGACUUUAAGAAUCCGAUGCCCUAUGUAACGCACUCAGUUGACUCAAUUUAUGAUGAAGAUAUUGAAAUCGAAGAUAAAUAUGAAUAACAUAAUCGUGAUGUUAAUAGGGUUCUAAUUGUUUUCAGUUUUUGAAUAGGUUGUUUGUUAUUGUUGUUGUUUAUUAAACUUGUUGUUGUACGAAUAGGGUUUUUAUCUUUAAAGCGGGUUCUUGCCACAUCUACAUUAACGUUUUCCUUAAAGAUAUGAAUAACGUUUUAUGUAUUAUAUAUGUUAACUUUUUGUUUAGAUGGCACAAGAAUUGGACACAUACUUGAACAAGGUGGUGUCCGUGAUUACUGGAGAUGGGAGGAACUUUGUUGGACUAAUGAAAGGAUACGAUCAGACAGUCAAUAUCAUUUUAGAGAACAGCCACGAGAGAGUUUACAGAGGAGAACAGUUGGGUGUGGAGCAGGUCGAGCUGGGGCUUUAUGUUGUCAGAGGGGAUAACGUGUAAGCAUACUGUAGCUUUUAAAGUUAGAAACGUUGUAGAAAAUAUUAUUCAAUGCUGUAAAAUUUAAUUGUAUGUACGGCUAAUGUUAUGUGGGUUUAGCGCAGUCAUCGGGGAACUGGACGAAGACCUCGAUAGACAAAUCAUCUUUGAACAUCUGAAAGUAAAGCCUCUAGAGCCCUUCUGGGUUCCGAAUUGA